AACCGGAAGUGACAGUGAGAGUUUGCCGCCAUAUUUAGGUGUCUAUGAAUUUUGCCCAAUGGUCCUUCGUAUGAGACUUAAAAAUCACAGUCGUUGUGUUUAAAAUAGUAUCUGUAUCUAAAUCGAAUAUUUUAUAUGUGAACGUUCUGCGACAUUAAUAAUUUGAUGAAGCCGCCGGCUUUUUAUAUGCGAGUUCCCGGAGGUGCUAGAUAAGGCGCGACUGGGCUGUAUAUAAUCGCGCCGGGGACCUUCUCCCAGAAGCAGUGAGAUAUCUGAAGAAAAUUGCUGCUGUACGACUGGAAGAGAAAGACGAACCUGAGACCGUAACGACAAACCCGAGAUUCUAUUAUUCACACAGAAGCUACCAAUUUGGUUUGGCCUUCUACAACAGCCAUGGAGAAAGGUGACUGUGUAGAAGAGCAGGAGAAUGGUGAGGCCUCCACAGAGCUGGUGAGGGAAGGAAUGGCACCCUGUUACCGGUACACCAAGGAGAGGCUUUUGGAAAUAAGGGGGCUUCCAUGUUCCAAUGAGAGGCCGGAAUGCCUUUCCGAGAAGUAUGACAGUGACGGCGUGUGGGACCCGGAGAAGUGGCACGCGUCGCUGUACCCCAGCUCAGACCGGGUGUCUCCCGUGGAGAGCUUUAAGAGAGACUAUGCUGAUGACCGGAUUCCCCCGAAGCGCAGGGUUGCAGAUCCCCGUGAAAGACUCAAAGAAGAUGACCUGGACGUGGUGCUGAGCCCCCAGCGUCGCAGCUUUGGGGGGGGCUGUCAGGGUAGUGCGGUGCCGGUACCAGCCAUUCGCCGGGCUAUCAGCCCCCUGGAGAACAAGGAGAAUGAGAGUCUGCGACUGGGUGGAGCGCGGCGAGUGGGCAGUGGGCGCAUCAUGGCCACGCGCGGAUUCGAGAGGGACUCCCGCGGAGACAAAGACGUCCGUGAGCGGGACCGUGACCGUGACUUCAAGGACAAAAGGUUCCGGAGGGACUUUGGCGAUAAGAGGGUCUUCAGCGAGAGGAGACGAAACGAGUCUUACACAGAGGAGGAGCCAGAGUGGUUUUCUGGGGGUCCGAUGAGUCAGUCGGAGACCAUCGAGCUCAUCGGCUUUGACGAGAAGGUGCUCGAGGAGGACAAACGUCGGCCGAAGCGUUCACGCAAACGAUCAGAAUCUGUAAAGGAGGCACUGGAGUGUAAUGGUGGACUUGUAGAAGAGCCUGAGAGGGUUACGGAGCCUGCUGCUGACCAGGAGGUCCCACAGAGCAAAGCACUGCAAGAACAGACCAUGGGAGAAUUUGACUUCAAUGAAUUCUUCAACCUAGAGAAGACUAUGCCUGGGCUGGCCUCGAUGAUCGAGGACGUGCUCGGGGAGGGCUCGGCGGCAUCCAGCAGAUUCAGCCGCUGGUUCAACACGGUCAGCCCCUCGGCCAGCCGCUCCAGCAGCCUGCGCUCCACCCCCCACGAGGAGCUGGAGAAGCUCGCAGGCCUGGAUCCGCAUGGUGUUCCCUCCAGCAUGGCACCCUACUUCACCCCCAUCCAGUCCGAGGAGAGGCGGGAUAAAGUGGACAUCUUAGCAUUGCUCAGCAAGGCCAAGAUCGACCUCAAGCCGCUGCUGUCCAGCCUGUCAGUCAACAAGGAGAAGCUGCGUGAGAGCACGCAGUCAGGCGUGGUCCUGUCUCUGGAGGAGGUAGAAGGGGGCCUGAAGGCCCUGAAGGUGGAGGAGCAGCAGCACGGUGGAGGGACCCCCUUCAUGGCAGAACACCUGGAGAAGGCUCUAACGGGCCAGCCCGCGGACAGGCCUCGACCUCGCGAUUCUGACAUGUCUGCCUUCAACAAGCUGGUCAGCAGCAUGAAGGCAGGUGGCACCCUGCCCACUCAGCCCAAAGUCCAUCAGCAGCCUGCAGACCUGCCCCUGCCGGAACCCCAGGUGCCUCCCCCACAGCCGAAGAGCCUCUUACAGGAGCUCCUCGGUCCGCCCCGAGCCGGAUCCCCAACUCUGCUGAACAGCCUGCUUGGCAGCCCUGAUUCGGGCUCGGGCCUGCUUAGGCCGGGUGUGACGUCCCCGCCCCUGUUCCCACAGAGGGCUCCUUCGCCUGAGUACUACCCAGGCCGUGUGCACCCCCAGGCCGGGUUUGCAGUUGGACCGCAGCCCCUUCUGCCGGAUCAAUUUGCAGAUCUCCCCCGACCCCUGAGUCCUGGGCUGACCCCUCAGCAGAUGAGAGUGCUCCCCUUGACGGUGGACCCUGCUACCCUGGACGCCCUUAUCCAGCGGGAUCUGGCCCUGCACGCACGCCAGCUUCUCCAUCCUGGCUUGAGCAAGCUGCCCCAGGACAAGGCUCACCGCACCAGGCAGCCCCGGAUGAACCGUUCCCCUGGCCCCGGGGGACUCGCCGCCGGUGGCUCCCCCAGUAACGUGGUGUCCAGCAUGCUCUCUCCGUCUUUCACGCCAACGUCAGUCAUCCGGAAGAUGUACGAGACCAAGGAGAAGAAUCGCGACGAGGCUGGGAGUCGUCCUGACCUGGGGCCGCGCUCUCAGGAGGACAGCAAUAGCUCCCCUAGUUCCUUCCUGGAGGGCGUCGAAGGCCGCAGCUCACCAGCAGGGGGCGCCAAGCCUGGCUUCCCUCGCUCCACCUGCUCCACUCCACUCUCCGGCCAGCCCAGGCACUCCAAGGACUCAGAGCGCCCUCUACAGAGUGCUUCUGAUCACCACACCCCGACUCUUUCCCCCGGCCACACGUCGCCGUUCCCCCGGCCCAUUUACCCGGUGCCGCUGCUAUCCCACGUUCCUCUGGGGCGGCCUCCUCCACAGGUGCACCCCUCUGUGGUGCAGAGGAUGCUGGUCCAGGGCCUCCAGCCUCAGCAGCUGCCCCCCACACUGCUGCCAGCAGGAGUGUUCCCCCCGGGUGUGGACCUCUCGCAAGUCCAGGGCCUGCCUCCAGCUCUGCUGGGCCAGCCGUUUUAUGCCCUGGGAGCUUCAGGAUACCCCCUGGUGCCCCCCCGUCCCGGAAACCCCCUGCCACUGACAGUGCUGCAGCAGCCAAGACCAGUGGUCCACACAGCGGUAUCUGGGGUGCCCCCUCCUGGCAGCAUGCCCCCCAGCCAGGUUCCGCAGCGGACGGGGCAGCGGCGGGCUGGGAGCCCCCAGCUCGGCCUGGCCAAGUGGUUUGGAAGCGACGUUCUGCAGCAACCGCUACCCUCCAUGCCCACCAAAGUCAUCAGUGUGGAUGAGCUGGAGUUCAGCCAGUGAGACGACAGAGCAGGACACGACAGAGCAGAGCCCUCCUCUGGGCACAGGGCCUUCUCGUUUUUUUUGUUUUUUUUUUUUUUGUAGCAUACAACAAUGUGAAUUUUAUUUCCUGAGAGACGGAUGUACAGCGUGGCACACUCCCCAUGUUGCCUUGUUAAAUCUGGCCCUUGCCAGGGGUAUGCAGAAAGGGGGCUCGGGGUGGGGGUCACCCAGCUACCGUUUUUGUAUGGAGUGAGAUUUCGGUUUUCUAUUUGGUUUUGCAGUAAGUAUGACCUGAUGGAUGGGCUCAUUGUGCGGACUUUGGGAAUCUGCUCCCCUUCCUGUACAUAAACUCUUCAAGAGGGGAACCCGUGCUGCUGGGUUAGGGAUACAAGCCGCUGCAGGCGGGUCGGUCCAGUGUAAUGUUAUUUCUCUUUCCUGGGGGGUCACAUGCUGCACUGAAGGGUGGAGCUGCAGAAGAGAACCCUAAAGAUUAUAUUUUUUUGAGACGUUUGUUUUGGGUCCUGCCGCCCUUCCUUUCGAUGCCCCCAGCUUCUCCCACUUGAUGUGCUUCAGUCCAUCUCCUGCCAUGGUCAUUCUGGAAAUCUGUGUGGGCUGCCUUUCCCUCCCUAGGACAAGCCCGAGACUGAGGGAAUGGGGGGAUGUGGCUUCAGAAAUUCUUUUUAGGCCUUUCAUUCUGUGUUUGGGUUCUGGUCAGCGUUCUGGUGGCGGUGGCGUCACAUCACCUGGGUCUACCUGGUCACUGGAAGCUGCUUUGGAUCACACAAACGGCUUAUUUUCUUUUUGUUUUGGGGGGGUGGUAGACAAAUUGUGCAUUUGAGUAAAGGACACAAAUGCAGUAAAAAAUUAAAAUAAAAUAAAAUUUGCUCACUAA